CGUUAUAAAGCUCGGCUUGUUGCAAAAGGAUACUCACAAGAAUAUGGGAUUGACUAUGAAGAAACAUUUGCCCCUGUUGCCCGGAUGACAUCUGUUCGCAGCUUGUUAGCUGUUGCUGCUGCCAAACAGUGGCCUCUUCUUCAGAUGGAUGUCAAAAAUGCAUUUCUUAACGGCAACCUAUCUGAAGAAGUGUAUAUGAAGCCACCUCAGGGAACUUCUCCUCCUCCCAACAAGGUGUGUCUCCUUCGUCGCGCUCUAUACGGUCUAAAACAGGCUCCACGAGCUUGGUUUGCCACGUUUAGCUCCACCAUUACUCAACUUGGAUUUACCUCCAGCUCUCACGACAAUGCCCUUUUUACACGACAGACAACUCAUGGUAUUGUUCUUCUCCUUCUUUAUGUUGAUGAUAUGAUUAUUACUGGUAAUGAUCAACAGGCCAUAUCCGACCUACAACAAUAUCUUGGUCAACAUUUUGAGAUGAAAGACCUUGGAUCUCUCAAUUACUUUCUCGGUCUUGAAGUCUCUCACCGUUCAGAUGGUUAUCUGUUAUCUCAAGCGAAAUAUGCAUCUGAUCUAAUAGCACGCUCAGGAAUUACAGACUCCACCACAUCUUCAACACCGUUAGAUCCUCAUGUCCAUCUAACUCCGUUUGAUGGUGUUCCUCUUGACGAUGCAAGCUUGUAUCGGCAACUUGUUGGCAGUCUUAUAUACCUAACAGUAACUCGCCCAGAUAUUGCAUAUGCUGUUCAUAUUGUCAGUCAAUUUAUGGCUGCUCCUCGAACAAUUCAUUUCACUGCUGUUCUACGCAUACUUCGCUAUGUCAAAGGCACCUUGGGACAUGGUCUUCAAUUCUCAUCUCAGUCUUCCCUUGUGUUGUCGGGAUAUUCUGAUGCUGAUUGGGCGGGGGAUCCUACUGAUCGACGAUCCACUACAGGAUACUGUUUUUACUUAGGUGAUUCUCUCAUCUCAUGGCGUAGUAAGAAACAAAGUGUUAUAUCUCGUUCCAGUACGGAAUCUGAAUAUCGUGCUCUGGCUGAUGCUACAGCUGAACUUAUAUGGCUUCGGUGGCUCCUUGCCGAUAUGGGUGUCCCUCAACAGGGUCCUACCCUCCUCCAUUGUGACAAUCGUAGUGCCAUUCAGAUUGCUCACAAUGAUGUGUUUCAUGAACGUACAAAACACAUUGAAAAUGACUGUCACUUUGCUCGUCACCACCUCCUAAGCAACACCCUCCUCUUACAUUCUGUUUCUACUAUUGAACAACCUGCGGAUAUCUUCACCAAAGCCUUGCCAUCUAAUCAAUUCUGUCACUUACUUACCAAACUCAAGUUGAUCGCUACUCUACCACCUUGAGUUUGAGGGAGGGUAUUAAU